AUGAACAGACCCAAUGAGACCUCAUCUGUGAGCGGCUUCAUUCUCCUGGGCCUCUCCACCCACCCAAAGCUGGAGAAAACCUUCUUUGUGCUCAUCCUGCUGAUGUACCUGGUGAUCCUGCUGGGCAACGGGGUCCUCAUCCUGGUCACCAUCCUCGACACCCACCUGCACACGCCCAUGUACUUCUUCCUGGGGAACCUCUCCUUCCUGGACAUCUGCUACACCACAUCCUCGGUCCCCCUCGUUCUGGAUGGUUUCCUGACCCCCAGGAAGACCAUCUCCUUCUCAGGCUGUGCUGUGCAGAUGUCUCUCUCCUUUGCCAUGGGGGCCACAGAGUGUGUGCUCCUGAGUAUGAUGGCGUUUGAUCGUUACGUGGCCAUCUGCAACCCCCUCAGGUACCCAGUGGUCAUGAGCAAGGCUGCCUACAUGUCCAUGGCCAUAAGUUCCUGGGUGGCUGGAAGCAUCACAUCCACAGUGCAGACAUCUUUGGCAAUGAGGCUGCCUUUCUGUGGGGACAAUGUCAUUAAUCACUUCCAAUGUGAGUUCCUGGCUGUCCUGAAAUUGGCCUGUGCUGACAUCUCCAUCAAUGUCAUCAGCAUGGGGGUGGCUAAUGUGAUGUUUUUGGGAGUCCCAGUCCUCUUUAUUUUUGUCUCCUACAUCUUCAUCCUUGUGACCAUCCUGAGGAUCCCCUCUGCUGAGGGGAGGAGGAAGGCCUUCUCCACCUGCUCUGCCCACCUCACUGUGGUGGUCGUCUUCUAUGGGACCAUCCUCUUCAUGUAUGGGAAGCCCAAGUCCAAGGACCCACUGGGGGCAGACAAGCAGGACCUUGCAGACAAGCUCAUCUCCCUCUUCUAUGGGGUGGUGACCCCCAUGCUGAACCCCAUCAUCUACAGCCUAAGGAACAAGGAUGUGAGGGCUGCUGUGAGGAACCUGGUGGGUCAGAAACACUUCAAGCAGUGA